UAUCUUUUUAAACCCUCUUAAUAAACCCUGUUAAUAGUUGUUUGCAAUAUAGCACGCCCAAGAAUUUACUACUUUGAAUUUGCUACACCGUUGUAAUCGUAUAGAUGACUAUACUGCCGUCGGUCGAUAAACAGCGAAACGCGGAAUUGAAAAGUACUAAGUUAAAGGAACGUGGACCGUUUGUAUCUCAAUACAGUAAUGCAGUAGUUCGAGAACAAUAUUUUUGGUCUUUACCUAGUUGAUCACAACAUUACUCGAUUCAUUAUGUUCGAGUAUUGUUGAUUACGUAUUGUGUGUUUCACACUUUUCUAAUGAACUUCCUUGAAUAUACCGUCGAAGACUUCAAAGUGCAAGGGAAUUGGUACGAAGGACGAAAGUGUGAAAGCGUACGCUCACCGCUACUUACGCGAAGAAACAUAUCUUUUGACUAUUUUCAAUACACUUAGAAGAUUUGAUCUGAUUAUAUUUUGAUGAAACAUUCGUUGAAAUAAUCAAGCAAUUAAGAAAUAUUCUAGACUUGACUAAUUGACAAGUACAGUAACCAUAACGUUUGUACUAGAAAUUUUAUGAUAAAUAGAAAAGAAAUACCACAAGGUCGUUGAAAUAGUAAUAGAAUCUUUUUUGCUGUAGAGACAUUUGAAUACGUAUGUCGGGUGUGAAUAGUGGCUUUUGUGACAAAUCAAAACGACAGUAAAAAUAUUCAAUGAUAUUAAAACGUGUGAUUUUCAAUUUUCAAACUUAUUAUUCUUCAUUAUGUGUUUGUAAUUAAUUUUUCUUUAUACGUGUUUUGUACUGUUCUUGGAAAGAUUUGUUGUUUUUGAAUUUUACAUCGGCUAUGGUUGUAGCCAGUGGUGAGUGGGUACAAAAUGCCAGUUUUCCUGCCAGUCAGAAUUCCAACCUGAAAAUAAAUUCUGUGCAAAAUAACAAAAUGACAGCAAAGGGAGUCUUAAUUUGUCGUGAUAAUUCUCAUCCUUUUGAAGAGCGUACAUUAAUAUUGGACCAACCUGUUAAAAUUGGCCGUUCUGUAGCGAGAGCUAGAGCUACUCCAAAUAAUGCAAUUUUUGAUUGUAAAGUAUUAUCGAGAAAUCAUGCAUUAUUAUGGUAUUCAGGUGGAAAGUUUUUUUUACAAGACACACGUAGUAGUAAUGGAACAUUUGUUAAUAAUCAAAGACUCAGUGCAGCUAGUUUAGAAUCAGCACCAAAAGAAGUAUGUUCAGGUGACAUAGUGCAAUUUGGAGUAGAUGUAAUAGAAAGUACAAAAAAAGUUAGGCAUGGAUGUAUAGUUGCAACAUUAAAAUUAUAUUUACCAGAUGGAAAAGAAGCUAAAGCUAGUCAUAGCACAGCUGUUACAUCACCAUUUAAUAAUGUUUCUUUGGAAGAUGUGUAUAAAUUAAACCAAGUUAUGCAAGAAGCUUCAAGACGUGAGAAAGCACUUUAUUCUAAGUUAGCAUAUCUUCAACAACUUGUAGCAAAUACUCGAAAAGCUGCCAAUCAAUCUUGGAAAGCAUUAAUAACAGAAGACCGGUUAUUAUCUUGGGUGGAAAGUAUGGAAAAUCAAUUGGCAGUUUAUUCUAAAAAUUACACAGAGGAUAAAAUUAGAAAUGAAUUAGUAGCACUUCAAGAAGAAAAGAUACAAUACCAAAAUGCAGCAAAAGAAGCAUUACAAAAAGUAUUACAAGAGAAAUUAGAAGUGACUCAGAGAUUAGUUCAAUUAGAAGGACGUUUAAAUGAAACAGAAGAAGAAUGUCAAAGUCUUCAUAAUGUAGCAAAAUAUACGCAAACAGAGCUUCAAGAAUUAUGUAGUAAAUAUACUGAAGCACAAAAAAAAUUACAAGAAACUACAAAUAAAUUAAAAGAAAGUGAAGAAAAAAUAAAAGAUAUAGUACAAAAUACAGAACAAGAAAAGCAAGAACUUUUAAAGAGACUUGAAGAUCAAUCUAGAAUUGAAAAAAAUUUGCAGGCAAGAUUACGUGAUUCUCGGUUAGAUUCUGUUAAUAUUUAUAAGCAGAUCACUGCCCUCAGAAAUUAUAUGCAAAUUCUGCAGGAUAUGAAUUCAAAGUUAGUAACAAGUGAUAUUAUAGAUUUAAAGGAUGAAGAAAAUCCUAUUGAGGCUAUCAAUAUUAUUCUUAAAUUAAAUUCCAUUCAUGUUGACAAUGUAGAUAUUGAUGCAGAGACUAAUUUUUAUUCUUUGAAAGAUGAACAUGAUAAUCAAAUUAAUUCACAAGAUAUUGAUUCAAAUCAGUUGAAAAAUUCUGAUGAUUCUUUUUCAAAAGAACAGAUGGAUGAUUCAUUGGCUAAUAAUGACAAUUCAACAGAAUAUAUUUUACCCCCACCUUCUCGAAAAACUUUAGUUAAUGGGAAUGUAAAUAUAGAUAAUACAGAUACAAAUUCAGAACCUGAUGCUAAUUCAGAUGUAACUGAUGAUGCAUGUAGCAUUACCAAUUUUGAUACAAGUGAAAUAUCUGUUUUUGAAAUUCAAAAAGAAGAACCUUUAUAUGCAAGAGAAGAAUUUUUUGUACCUUACAAAAUGGAAGUUAGAUUUAUAUGUGAAGAAAAUAGUAAACAAUUAGAAACUUCUAAUUUUUCUCAAUCUGUUCAAAAAAUAAAGGAAAAUGAAGAAACAGAAAUUAAUAUUGACAGCACAAAUAAUAUUAAAAUUGUUUCAAAUGAGCCUUUUAUAGAAAUUAAUCAACUGGAAAAGAAGGAUGAAACAGAUAAAGAUAGCAAUGAAUUAGAUGAACAAUAUGAAGAACAUUUAGAAGGAGAUUAUGUUAAAACCUUAAAGCCAUUAUCCAAGAAUGAUACUAUAGAGCAUGGUAUACAUACAAGAGAAUAUAUGUUGCAAACUUUGAUAGGUUCUUUAGACUCAUUAACAAUCGAAGAUAAUUUAGAAUCACAACAAAUCAUUAAGAAAGAAUUAGAAAGUCUCAAGGAUUGGUUAAUUUGUGAACCUCAUGAAGAAAUUGUAGAAAAACUGAAAGAAAUAUAUUAUCGUGCCAAGAAUGAAGCUCAAAGAAUUGAAGAACUCCAUGAAGAAUUAGUUAUUUUAAAGGAAAAAUACAAUGCGUUUACUGAAGAAAAGGCAGAACUCUCAAAAAAAUAUACAACUCUUAAAGCACAAUGUGGUGACUUGUUAAAUACGACUUACACUGUACCAAUACAUUAUGUAGCACCUAUUGCAAUUAUGUUAAUAUGGAUGUUGCUUGAAAAGAUAUUUUAAUGUUUUCUUUUUGUUUUUUGUAUAUAAUUUUUACAAUUGAUUAAUAUAAAAUUUUCUUUUUUUGCUUUUUUUUUUUUAAUUAAGUUGUUAUAAAUAUUCAAAUGAUCAAAAUAUAAUAAACUGGAUGGUGUAUAAUUUCAACAAAAAAAUUUGAACAUUUUUAUACCAAUGAAAAUAUUAAAAAUUGUAUAUAUUUUUCUGAUAUUUGUUAUUAAAACACCAAUCUCAGAAGAUGUUCUAAUAAAUUAUAAAGCAAAGGUAUACCGUGUUACCAUUUAAAAAAAAGAACCAAAAUCAAAUUAAGCAGAGAAUUGUAGCAAUAAAUAUGUAUAUAGAAAAAGAUUUUAGGCUAGGAGGAAUGUUUAGAAAAAUAUAGACAAUACCAUGUAAAAUGUUCAAUAUGCUGCCAAUCUCAUAUCUUCUUGAAUAAAAUGGUAUUAAUCUCGAUUUAAAAAUAUAAUACACAAUUUACGUCAUUAUUUUUUGCAAUCAAUUUAAGCACUGCACCUAACAAUUGUAUUAUUAUAUAAAUUAUAAAUAACGUUUAUAUGCAAAAA